AUGUCUUUCACCUCCUCCUGGUCCUGGUCCUGGUCCUGGUCCCGGACUCUCCUGAUCUUGCUCCUUCUCCAGCUCCUGCCGCCGAGCCUCCUCCACCCGCAGCCGUGCCCCCUCCUGGCUCGGAUCGGACACACUGUGAGAGUGGGUGCGCUCCUGCCGGCGCAGCGGGCGGCUCGCGUGCAGGUCCAGGCGGCGCUGAGACGCGCAGCAGCCACAAUGAGCAGGGACCAACACCGGGACCGGGACCGGGAGAGGGACAACUUUCUGCCCUACAACUUGAGUCUGGAGCUGGUUUCCCGGCAGCCGGCCGCCGCGGACCCGGAUUCCGUGUUCCGGUGCGUGUGUCAGGGCGUGGUGGUGCAGCGAGUGUCCGCCGUCCUCGCCUUCCCACAGAGCCGCGACGAGCUGCUGCAGGUGGACUUCCUAGCCUCGUUCCUGGAGAUCCCGUUCCUCAGCGUCAUUGAGAACGGAGAGUCGCUCCAUACACAGAACCGGUUUCACCUUCAGAUGGCAUUGGGGGUUCCAGAGUCCGGUCUGUCCAACCUGUUGCUGACGGUUCUGCAGCGGUCUGGUUGGAAGGAGGGUACCGUGAUACUGUGUCGAGGCUGGGAGGAGGCUCGGGGUCUCCUGCGGCUGCUGGACAGUGGGAGUUGGAGUGGUGCAUCAUGCGACAGUGAGGGCAGAGUUAGCUGGCACGUGCGUGCCCUCCUGAACCUGACACAGUCGGCACAUGACGACACUCAGAUCCACGACUUCCUCUUCCGACACUUCCGACAGAAGCAGCCCUCGUCGGCGUCGGUGCUGCUGUUCGGAGCGGACCCCCAGUGCACGGCGGCAGUACUGCGCAGCGCUCAGGAUCUGGGCCUCACGUUACCCAUGGUGCACUGGGUGUUGGGCCAGCCCCUCAGCCCCGACGCUCUGCACGCCAUCGGGCUGCCUCUCGGCCUGCUGGCCUAUGGGGAGGUUGAGAGGAAACCGCUCGACUUCUACGUCAGUGAUGCCUUGCAGCUCGUCACCAGGGCCAUCGCCGCUGCAACCUUGGUGAGGCCGGACCUGGCUCUUAUCCAGAACGUGGUGAACUGCUAUGACAAACCCAACAAACACCAGGUGCCGUCCUCCGGACAGUACCUGUCCAGGUUCCUGUCCAACACGUCUUUCUCCGGUCUCACAGGUCCAGUCCGAGUGCACCAGAACAGGUCUCAGGUCCUAACCUCGCAGCGUUUCCGCAUCUGGAGCUUGCGACGGGACGCACUGGGUCAGCCCACCUGGGUGACGGUGGGCAGUUGGGAGGGAGGCCAGCUGCAGGUGGAGGACCAGGGAAUCUGGCAGGGACCCAAACCUCGCCACAGAACAGAUGACAUGAGCGGGAGGACAAGGGGCCGCUGGAGGCCGGGAAUGCCGGUGGUGGGGAGUCGGGUUCGGGUGGUCACUCUGGUGGAACAUCCCUUCGUUUUCACUCGGGACGUGGACGAAGAAGGGAGCUGCCCGGCCGGGCAGUACUGCCUGGACGCCAGCACCAACAGCUCGGAAACUUUGGAGAAAUUCUUCAGGGAAGUGGCCGGCGGGAACAGCAGCUUCCUGCCUGCAGAGCACAGCAAGUGCUGCUACGGAUACUGCAUCGACCUGCUGGAGAAACUUUCCGAGGACCUGGGCUUCGAAUUUGACCUCUACAUCGUUGGAGACGGGAAGUACGGCGCUUUGAAGGGGGGGCGCUGGACCGGGCUUGUGGGAGAUCUUCUGAAUGAACUGGCAGAUAUGGCCGUAACCUCUUUUAGUAUUAACUCCGCUCGGAGCCGGGUGAUUGACUUCACCUCACCCUUCUUCUCCACCAGCCUGGGCAUCCUGGUGCGCAGCAAGGACACCGCGGCCCCCAUUGGAGCCUUCAUGUGGCCCUUGCACUGGUCCAUGUGGGUAGGCAUCUUCCUGGCGCUGCACAUCACCGCUCUCUUUCUCACGCUGUACGAGUGGAAGAGUCCAUACGGCAUGACGCCUCACGGACGUAACAGGGUGAGAGUGUUUUCAUACUCGUCUGCUCUCAACCUGUGCUACGCCAUCCUGUUCGGACGCACCGUCUCCUCCAAGACGCCAAAGUGUUGGACAGGUCGGUUUCUGAUGAACUUGUGGGCCAUCUUUUGCCUGCUAGUGCUGUCCAGCUACACCGCCAACCUUGCCGCAGUCAUGGUGGGGGAGAAGACCUUUGAGGAGGUGUCAGGAAUCCACGACGCCAAGCUGCAUCACCCGUCCCGUGGGUUCCGCUUUGGGACGGUGAGGGAGAGCAGUGCGGAGGACUACAUGAAGAAGAGCUUUCCUGAGAUGCACGAGUACAUGAGGCGCUUCAACGAGCCCACGACACCUGAAGGAGUCGCCACCCUCAAGACGGAUCCCCCCAAGCUGGACGCUUUCAUCAUGGACAAAGCUCUGCUGGAUUACGAGGUUUCCAUCGACGCUGACUGUAAAAUGGCAACCGUCGGGAAACCGUUUGCAAUCGAAGGUUAUGGAAUCGGUCUUCCUCGGAACUCCCCUCUGACAUCCAACAUCUCAGACUUCAUCAGCAGGUAUAAAUCUGAAGGCUACAUGGAUCUCCUGCACGACAAGUGGUACAAAGUGGUUCCGUGUGGGAACCGAGUGUUCGCCGUCACCGAGACUCUUCAGAUGGGGAUCAGUCACUUCUCGGGACUCUUCAUGUUGUUGUGCGUUGGAGUGGGCGGAGCUUUGCUGACUCUGGCAGGUGAACACGGUUUCUACCAGCUCGUCCUGCCACACAUCCGCCGCCGACAGAACCUCAAAUACUGGCUUCAUACCUCACAGAAAAUCCAUCGAGCUCUGAACAUGACGUAUGAAGACGUAAAGAGGCAGCGAGCUGAGAAAGAGAAAAGCUGUAACCUGCAGAAGCCUCCGCCCCCUUCCGGCCCUCCUGCUCCGCCGGCCCCCGGAGCCUCGGCCAAGUGGAAUAAUGAGGCCAUUAAGGAUGCCACCGCCACUGCCGCUGCUAAGGACGCCCGAGACUUCAAACAAGUCCACUUUAACCUUGAGACCCUCAACACCCGCCGCCUGCUCGCUCGCAUCGCCACUUCUGAAGCCAAGGGAUGUGGGGCCAAAUCUGAAGGGCGGGGACCAGCCAAGCCAAAGGCGGGGCCAAACAGCAGACUCUGUGAGAACGGAGGACCGGUGGCUUCACUUGCCAGCCUGCUCCUUUCCCGACCCUCAUCAUCCUCCUCUUCUGCUUCCUCUGUCCAACUCAAUACCUCUGCAACUCCCUCUGUUAAUGUAGCACCCCCCCCUGCAGCGGUGGCUCCACACCACACCGGUGAGCUGCAGGAGCUGCAGGAACAGAUCGACCAGAUGAGGGAGAAGCUGAGGACGGCUCUUGCCAGGAGGGCAGAGAUCCAGACCACUCUAGCCAAACCUGCCCUCACAGUACCCAACCCAUCUGCAGUUACCACAAUGCCAACAACUACAGCACCAACGGCAGGAGCCCCACCCAACGCCCCGCCCGUCAUCACCCAGAUAUCACCCUUCCCUACCAACACGAAGUGCGUGACGACCAUGACGGACCCACCUCACAAAGUCUUGUCCAAAGUCCAGCCCCUCCACAGCAGACUGACCAAUCAGAGGUGA